AUGCAUUCCCCAUCGAAAUUGAACGACUUCUUUCGAAUCGUGGAUGAUUUUUUCAAAAAGACAUUCAGAGAUGAAUCUGAGGUAUUUGUUGCGGUGAAGUCCAGGCAGUACUCCGAGUCUUUCCCGGGGAAACAGCUUUUUUUCGCCGCUCCUCCGCCAGCGGCAGACACGAACGCCGCUGCUGCUGCUGCUGCCGCGAGCAGAAAGACGCCGAACUACAUGUCCUUUUCACCCCGCCUGGUGCUCAAUAGGGACGGCACUGGCUUCGGGAAGGUGAAGCUCGGCUGUGGGCUCUGCAUCCCGCGUGUGUGCCGCUUCGAACAGGGCCUCACACUGAACAAUGAGGGUGUUGUGUCAACCAACGUGAAGCUCAGCGAACUCCUAGAGGGGCUUCAGCUGAAGGGUCGCAUCUCCGUCAAUACUAUCGCUCCCGCGUCAGAGGACGUGUCAGCGGCAACCAUAGAUUAUGAGCGUCGUGACUUCUACACAUCUGUUGGCUAUCAACGUAACGGACUUGGGAGUAGCGACCUCCUUGUGGAUUGUGGAACAAAAUUCUUUAAUCUCCUCGCCGGUGCAGGAUUUGAGAGGCAGAAAUUAUCGUACCUUGAACAACAGGAUGCUUCAGCGCAGUUGGACGUGUUGUACGCAGGUUUGGGUUUCACUGGAGUGAAUUGGUCCAUUGGAGCCAAGAUGGUGCGGGCGAACGAUGCCUGGAGCAACGCCCGGGUGGCGUUCUAUCAGCGGAUGGCUCCCAACACCUCUGUGGCAUGUGGAUACAACUACGACCUGUCUGAGUCCCGGGCACAUUUGUCCUUGGGUUUCUCUCAAGGAUUCCGUCUUCGCGUACCAACCAUCCUCCAGCAGCGAGUAGAGGAGCAGGUGGAUACGUGGACAGCUACCCUACCUUUUGUCGGAGCCUUCAAAGCGGAGAGCGAUGGCGUGUGCGCUGCGACCAUUCGAGGCAUCUUUAACGGCGUGGUGCACUGGGGUUUAAUUGCCCGGAAAAACAUGCUGCUCGCCGCGAGUCCUCCGCAGUUCGGUGUUACCAUCUCGAUGGAGACAGACUGA